UCUUCCAUCUUUUCCUCACACUACAAUCACUAAACCGAAUCAAAUCGAAAAGAAAAAAAUUGUAAAAUCAAAUUCUUAUUAUUAUUUAUUUUCAUUUUCCUGCGUUUUCUGGGAUUCUAUUAUUUUCCCGGAAAAUUGUGAUUGUGAAGCGAGGGUUAAGAAAAGGAGAAUCAUCAGAAUGGCGUUGAGCAUGACUCACCAGAUCGGAAGCCUCGCCGGGACGCCGGUGACGUCUGAAUCUGGCUCCGGAGAGACAACAGCGUCGGUGAGCGCGGCGGCGGUUUGGAAAUCUCCGGCGAUGAAUCUCCGGUGCCAGGUGACUAGGUCAGAGGGCGCGACUGCGGAUGGAUUGUCACCGCCGGUGAGUCCGUGCAGGUCGCCGGCGCUGCGGGCGGAUCUAUCCGCGGCGUGCCAGGCGUUUGAGACGGCGGUGGUGGAGAAGGAGCAUGGAACGGGAGCGAAGGGGGAAGGGAAAGGGACUGGAGUUCCGGUUUAUGUGAUGAUGCCGUUGGAUAGCGUGACGAUGGGGAAUACGGUGAAUCGGAGGAAGGCGGUGAACGCGGCGAUGGCGGCGUUGAGGAGUGCUGGUGUGGAAGGGAUUAUGAUGGAUGUGUGGUGGGGAUUGGUGGAGAGAGAGGCGCCUGGGGAGUAUAACUGGGGCGGUUAUGCGGAGCUUCUGGAAAUGGCGAAGAAGCAUGGGUUGAAGGUGCAGGCGGUUAUGUCGUUUCAUCAAUGUGGGGGUAACGUCGGUGAUUCUUGCACUAUUCCCUUGCCGAAAUGGGCUGUGGAGGAGAUUGAGAAAGAUCCUGAUCUUGCAUAUACUGAUCAAUGGGGAAGAAGAAACUAUGAAUAUAUAUCUCUUGGGUGUGAUACUUUACCAGUACUCAAGGGCCGUACACCAGUUCAGUGUUAUGCUGAUUUCAUGAGAGCUUUCAGAGACAAUUUCAAGCACCUUCUUGGUGACACUGUUGUGGAAAUCCAAGUUGGGAUGGGACCAGCUGGUGAGCUGCGUUACCCCUCAUACCCAGAGCAAAAUGGGACAUGGAGAUUCCCAGGAAUUGGUGCUUUCCAAUGCUAUGACAAGUAUAUGUUGAGUAGCUUAAAAGCUGCUGCUGAAGCUGAGGGUAAGCAAGAAUGGGGAAGCACUGGCCCUACUGAUGCUGGCGAAUAUAACAACUGGCCAGAAGACACUGCAUUUUUCCGCAGAGAAGGUGGAGGCUGGGAUAGUCAUUAUGGUGAAUUUUUUCUCACCUGGUAUUCUCAGAUGCUGUUAGAUCAUGGUGAAAGAAUUCUCACAUCAGCCAAAUCAAUCUUUGACAGCACUGGAGUUAAGAUCUCAGUGAAGGUUGCUGGUAUUCACUGGCACUAUGGUACAAGGUCUCAUGCUCCAGAGCUUACAGCAGGAUACUACAACACCCGCUUCCGCGAUGGCUACCUCCCCAUUGCUCAAAUGCUUGCACGCCAUGGUGCCGUGUUUAAUUUCACGUGUAUUGAGAUGCGUGAUCACGAGCAGCCACAAGACGCUCUCUGUGCACCGGAGAAGCUCGUGAACCAAGUGGCUUUAGCUACGCAGAAGGCACAGGUCCCACUUGCUGGGGAAAACGCUUUGCAAAGGUAUGAUGAACAUGCACAUGAGCAGAUACUCAAGUCAGCACAGUUGAAUGAUGACACAGAGAUGUGUGCCUUUACAUACCUGAGGAUGAACCCGCAGUUGUUCCAACCUGAUAACUGGAGGAAGUUUGUUUCGUUUGUGAAGAAGAUGAAAGAAGGGAAAGGUACCCACAAGUGUUGGGAGCAGGUAGAGAGGGAAGCUGAGCAUUUUGUGCAUGUUACACGGCCUCUUGUGCAAGAGGCUGCCUUGAUGCACUGAGAAUUGUUGGAUUUCCACUUAUUACACAUCAAUAGAGCUUAGAAAAGUAGCCACGAGUAGGCUGUUAAAAGUUUUAGGGAACUAGCAGCCAUGGUUUUCUGGCUAUGCAGAUGUGUAAUUUUGUAUUAUAUUGUAGUACUUCACAACAUCUUGUUAUUUGCUUCUAAAACUUGUAUCUGUUACCCUUGAUAUUUGUAUAGAUUAUGUUCGGAUA